AUGCCCUCUACAAGCCAGUUUGAUGGACUAGCCAAGAUUGUUGAGAAGAUUAAACAAAACCAGGAGAGAAUGGAAAAAAGUAUGCAAGAUAUGAUUGGAUUCUUCAAGUUUGUGGAAGAGAAAAUGGAUAAAAAGUUAGAAGAACGACAUGACAAAGUAAACAACAUUCUUGAAGACAUCAAAAGGAAGCAACCUUCUUCUUCAGGUGCCCAGGAGACAAACGAAUAUAUGGGAGCAAGGUCUUUUGAAAAGCACCUUGAUAAGGUAGAGGAGGGCAAAGAAGAAGAGGACGAAGAAGAAGAUGAAGCUGCAAACCUGAACAUGGAAUCAAUCAAUCAAAAAGACCUUGAGAAAAAGGAUGACCAUGAAGACAGUGAAGGAAGGGGAGGCAUGGCUGAAAGUGGGAACCAAGGUUCCGGAGAGCCGGUUGGUGGACAAACGACAUUGGCAAAACCAUAA